ACCAGCCAGCAGCCAGCCAAUCUUCAACGCUCGUCCAACCGUUCACGCCCAGCGAAAUAGUGAAUAACAAAACAAUGAUAAUGAGAAUAAACUAAUUGUGUCGUAUUACUUUAUGUUUCAUCGUGUCGUUCUCAUAAAUCCCUGAAACAUGUCUGUGAGUGCGAGCGCCGAGAACCUGUCGACCGAUACACAGAGCUGCGAUGGCGGCUCCAUGUGCCUUGAACUGGCGUUGGAGGGCGAGCGUCUGUGCAAGGCUGGCGACUGUCGCGCCGGCGUGGCCUUCUUCCAGGCAGCCAUCCAGGCCGGCACCGACGACCUGCGCACGCUCAGCGCCAUCUACAGCCAGCUCGGCAACGCCUACUUCUACCUCGGCGACUACAACAAGGCGAUGCAGUACCAUAAACAUGACUUGACGCUGGCCAGGACCAUGAACGACCAAUUAGGCGAGGCGAAAGCGUCCGGCAACUUGGGCAACACCCUGAAAGUGAUGGGCAAGUUCACGGAGGCGAUUCAGUGCUGCAAGCGGCACCUGGAGAUAUCGCGAGCGCUCGGCGACAAGCUGAGCGAAGGCCGCGCGCUCUACAACCUGGGCAACGUGCACCACGCGCAGGGCAAGCAGCUGGGCCGCGUGGGACAGAACGACCCCGGCCACUUCCCGCAGGAGGUCCGCGACUGCCUGCUGCAGGCGGUGGACUACUACGAGAAGAACUUGGAGCUGAUGCGCAGCCUGGGCGACCGUCAGGCGCAGGGCCGCGCGUGCGGCAACCUCGGCAACACUUGCUACCUGCUCGGCGAGUUCGCGCGCGCCAUCCGGUACCACACGGAGCGCCUGCGCAUCGCGCGCGAGGCCGGCGACCGCGCCGCCGAGCGACGGGCCAACAGCAACCUCGGCAAUUCCCACAUCUUCCUCGGGCAGUUCGAGAACGCAGCUGAACAUUACAAACGCACGCUGGCGCUAGCGGAGGAGUUAGGCGACGCGGCCGUAGAAGCCCAGGCCUGCUACUCUCUCGGCAACACGUACACUCUGUUACGAGAAUACCGCGUGGCCGAGGAGUACCACGCGCGUCAUCUUGCGGCCGCGAGACGCCUCCAAGACCGCGUCGGCGAAGGCCGUGCCUGCUGGUCGCUGGGCAAUGCGCACGCGGCGCUCGGCAACCACGAGAAAGCGCUGUAUUACGCUAAUGAGCACUACAACAUAUCUAAAGAGUUAGGCGACGUGCUGGGCAUGGCCACGGCCCAGAUGAACAUGGGCGACCUGCGCAAAGUACUAGGGCUGCCGGCGGAGGGCGAGGCGCCGCCGCCGCCGGCCGACGAGCGCGCGCCGCGCACGCCGUUCAGCGCGCUGCGCGUGCGCCGGCAGAGCAUGGAGCAGCUGGCGCUUAUACAGAUAACCCCCGACGGCAAGAAGAAAGAGUCCGACGACCAAUCCGACGACAAGAAGGUGGUCCGUUCGGAGUCGGAAGAGAACCCUGUGGAGUCGUUCUUCGACUUGCUGAGCCGCUGCCAGUCGGAGCGCAUGGACGAGCAGCGCGCCACGCUGCACGACAAGGAGAACCGGCCCAAGCCCAAGCAGCUGCAACGCUCGGCUAGCAGCGGCAACAAGAGCGCCAGCCUUGGGAGCAUUGUUGAAACCCAGCACGCACUCGAGCAGUCGCUCAUGAAGAGGAUGGCCGAGUUUGAAGCACACCUCCAAGCCACAAAGGCAUCAUCUCCAGCUCAAACUGAGAACUUGAAGUCCCUGUCCCGCGAGUUCUACACGUUCCGUGAGCACACGCUGGGUGUUGUGGAUCUUCUGAGACGGCAAAUUCAGGAGGUCAGCAGGGUCGUGGACGGCAUCGAGGCAAGGCACCGCAGUAAAUUUCUACUCAUCACCGGUGUACCCGACGUUGACAAUGAAGACCCACUGUCAGCCACCCUGACGUUACUGAAGGACAAUCUUGGACUCCCCAACAUCGCUUCGGCCUCCAUCUCUACAUGUCAUAGGCUCGGGAGAUUCAAAGAGGGACGCAGUCGGCCAGUCAUCUUAAAGUUCGUCAGUCGGGAAACUCGAUCUCUCGUAUGGAAGAAGAAGACACAGCUAAAAGGUACUCCAUUUGUCAUCUCAGAGUUUUUAACGCGGGCAAGGCAAGCCCUGUUUUUGAAUGCGCGGAAGCACUUUGGCAUGAGGCGUGUGUGGUCCAUGGACGGCAAUGUGUUCAUUAAGCUGCCAAACGGCGCCCGCGAACGAGUCUCCAGCUGCGAGGAGCUAGACAGGCUCAUGGAGCGCCACAGCACAGUCAUCCCAGUGCCCCAGGAGCACGUCCCGAAACGUGCAGGCCGUGCAGCCGAGCCUGCGGCGCGCGUUGCAAGUUUUGUCCUGAUUCGGAACGAUAGACUCGGGAAAAGAGGCGGCGGUGUCGCCAUCUACCUUCGAGGCGAUAUUCCCUUUAAAAUCAUUCAUACUACUCCCGGUGAUUACUCUAACUCUAUUGAAUAUAUGUUUCUCGAAGUGCUCGUAAAGGGCGCUAAGGCUGUACUGGGAGUCGUAUAUUGCCCGCCUUCUGUCCACUACUUCCCCAAACUGGAGUCUGUGCUGGAAUUAAUAUGUUCGGAGUAUGCGCAUGUUAUAGUCAUGGGUGAUUUUAACACUGAUUUGCUCAAGCCAACUCCACAGACUGGUAAGCUUCUGUCCAUCCUUGAAUCUGUCAAUUUGUCUAACUUACCGCUGGAGCCUACUCAUCACAACAUUGAGACUGAUGACACUUGCUCCUUUUCAUUCUCCCCUGUCACCGUUGAUGAGACCAAAAAGAUCAUCCUCUCUAUUAAAUCGAAAGCUGUAGGCCCGGAUGAGCGACGCUGUUAUCGGCCUAUCGCUCUCAAACCUUAUCGCCAAUCGCCCAUCAACGGUAAUCACUCAUCUCCUGCUUUCCAACUAACUACACAACGAUUGCAAACACACGCCAAACUUUUUGUGGCGAAACUCUGUGUCGAUUACCCCCUCUCCCCCGAGAGUGAUCGCUAUCCUGCAGCCCUUCAGUCACAUGGCUGCCGUGCGGUCGGCAGCUCCAACGAAGCGAUGCUGGACAUGAUCACGGACAUGCAGUCGUCGCGCAUCGACUCGCAGCGCGCCGAGCUGCGCCCGGCCAAGAAGCUGGCCAAGGAGGGCAAAGGCGCGUCGCUGCCGGGGCUCCGCCAGCCCUCCACCGCCGCCAAGCCCGAGGACGACUUCCUCGACAUGAUCGCCAGGGUCCAGGGCUCCCGGCUGGAAGACCAGCGCUCGGAGCUGCCGCGGCCGAAGCCCGAGGAGCGGCCCAAGACGGUGCCCGACGACGACUUCUUCGCGCUGCUGAUGCGAGCGCAGGCCGGCCGCAUGGAGGACCAGCGCGCUACGAUCCCGCUGCAAGAAAAUCGCCAAAAAACCGGUUCAAACUCCAAGAAGUAAAGACUUGGACGUUGGACGCCACCAUGUUUUUGUUGUCACUUCGUCACUUGCUAGGCGGCUGCACUGAGCCGUGUGCUACUAAUAAUGACGAAAUUUAUAAUAACUGCGACAUUGCUCGAAUAAUUCGGAAAUGGCUAAAAAUAGGGAUGGCAAGUAUAUGAUAUCGUAAAUGAAACAACUGGAUGAUUUUUAUUACGAUUUUGAGCAUUAUCGUCUCAGUGACGCCACCUAGUAGUAGAAACUAGAAAAUUUUCACACAUGACUGUUGUUACGAUUCGUAAAGUAUACUGAGUCAUAAUAAUAUUAAUGCACGUAACCUGAUAAUGGAAUCUUUUCAUGAAUGUGGUUUAUAUAGACGUUAAUGGAACCGGUUGCUCUUUCUGAUGGUAUAUAUUUGUAUCGAUUCCCGCGGGUGUUUCCCUCAUAUCGUUAGUAAUGACUGGGCGUCCUCCAGUAACGUUUAUGACCCUGACCCGACUUAGUUCCCGAUUCGAAGACUUCGGUCUCUAAAGUAAGUAGUAAAUGGAAAAGACACGUUUCCGCUGUCAGACCAAAAAGCUUCCAUAGAGUCAAUUAUGGUAUCCAUAGACAAUAUUAUCGAAAUUUCAUCCACCCAGUAUCAAAAGUUUCCCAUCGACCAUACACCUAUAUUUACUUAGUGUAGUUAUAUAGGAUUACGGACUAAGACUGGACGCCCUACCUUCAUUUAGACGCGAGCCGCGUCGGAAGCAGACUAACUCCACUAUUUUCGAAAUAUCUAUGAAACAAUUAAAUAGCCACUGAAUUAGUAAAUAAUUAUCUUCUAAUAUGGAAUUUCUCGUUAAGGUUACUCAUUCAGUGAUUAUUAAUUUAUUACUGCCACAGCAUUCCGUUUUAAUUAAUAUUCAAUUUAAAUUGCAUAAUCAAUGUUAGGUCGUAAGUAUAAUAUUCAUCGAUGUACUCAUUAUGAAUUUAACUUAGGUUUAAUAUAUUUUAUUUGGUGUUUUAUUGUAUGGACAAAUGGACCCCGCUUACGGUUAUUUAUAAACGGAAUUAUAAUAAGUUAGUUAUUAUUAUUAUUUGACUGCGACAAAAGUUGCACAAUGAUUUUGUAUAACUAUAUAAAUUUAUGAACUUUUUAUGAUUGUUUACAACUUUUUGCUCUAGUUUGGCAAUAAUUUUUAUAAUUUUUUGAUUUACAAAGACAUAGUUUUAAGCAGUUCUUUGUAGGUGGUCUACUUUUGCCUGGUUGGCACUGGCAGGAAUCUUCUGUCUCACCUUAUUGGGAUACAUUCAGGGAUCGUCCUCUAUCUCUAAAACGAUUCAGUAUUGUUCUUAUAAAAGAAGAAUAUCUUUGCUGUUAGUUUUACUGAUAGUAACCGUCUCUGGAUUAUACCCUCUGAGCUAAACGUAUUGUUUUUGGAUACUUCGUACCUGAUCUCUUCAAGUUUCUAGGGUCAGAAAAUGUAGGAGAUGUUAAGAAAGGUUUAGACUGUUUGUUGGGAUGGAUCCCGUUGUGGCGAGUUGCUCCUGGCGCCAUCUGCAAAUUAUAUAAAGAGACGAGAGAGACGUAUGAACAAUUUAUCCAAGCUAUCAAUGAAGUUAACUUACUGUAUUUUGACUACGGGACUAUAUUCGGUUUCAUACGCAAUUUGCAGCUGGCGGCACUGGCUGUCACAAGGUGCUUCGAGUGACACCAAGUGAUAUCAGAUACCUUGUCUCACGCAGAAAUAGGGUGCAUGACAUUAUCCAUUAAUUGUGAUUACUACCUUGUAGUGUCGAGGUAGUAAAGUAAUCACAAUGAGGGCUAUCGUUUUAGCGCUCACCAGUUAGCGCCACUGUAGAGUAAGGUCCUGUCACUUGCUAGUAGCGAAGACAGUGGCGCCAACUUGUGAGCGCUAAAGUGGUAGGAGGACUAUCGCAUUUGCACUCAUCAAGAUGGCGCCACUGUAGAGUAAGGUCCUGUCACUUGCUAGUAGCGAAGACAGUGGCACCAACUGGUGAGGGCUAAAGUGGUAGGAGGACUAUCGCAUUUGCACUCAUCAAGAUGGCGCCACUGUAGAGUAAGGUCCUGUCACUUGCUAGUAGCGAAGACAGUGGCACCAACUGGUGAGCGCUAAAGUGGUAGGAAGACUAUCGCAUUUGCACUCAUCAAGAUGGCGCCACUGUAGAGUAAGGUCCUGUCAAUCGCCAGGGGUGCCAACUGUUAAGUAUAAAAACGAUAGCCCUCAUUCAAUAAUUUUGACCCAGCGCGAUCAGUGCCGGACAUCGGUUGCCUGUCGAGUGGCGGUGCCAUGUACCCUCUCUCACAGCACCCGACGUGCAGCUUUCAUUCCAGACGCAUUUAUUUUUUCUACUUCUUAGAAGUAAUAGUAACUAGACGUAUUCACUGAUGGAAUUGAUAAACUAAGAUUUGCAAUGUUGUACUCUAGUACGUAGGUGACUAUUAUUGUAGGGUAUAUUGUAUAUUCCGACAGCAAAUAUUGUGAUUAUUUUCAAGUUGCGUAAUUUUUCUGGUUUACGUGUGUCUCAGUCACUUUUUUUUAAAGGUUUUAAACCUUUGUUUGUCACCGGUCAUCCGCUUUGCAAUGGAGAGAAGUCGAACCUUAAUUUCGAACUCCUCCUAUGUUCUUCUGAUUAAUUUCGUUGCGGGUCCAAUGACAGUUUAACUUUCCCCCGGGACAAACUUGACCUUCAUUGGUUGGGUUUUUGUGGCGGUCAAGCUGUAGAUCCUGGCUACACAGGAGUUGCAGUGGUGGGAACGAGAGGUGGGAAUAGUCCCGUGUGUCUCAGUCACGCCUGGCAUAAACGGCAAGCGCUGCUAGAUCUUGCGCGCUUCAGAUGAAUUUUAUCUUUACACCGACCGACUCAGAUGCUUGAUAUUAAUUCGUGUCUUGAGUUUUUUACUUAUCACACGAAAAGGACGGGAGACUGGACUUUUAGAACUCCAAUAAAACAAAUAUUAUCAAAAACCUAAUAAGAUCGUUUCAAAUAAUAGAUGCUGUUGGAAUGUAUCAAGAGUAAUAGUGUUAGGGGUUGUGAAUAUUGUCUGGUUUUACGCCAUCCCAUGGUAUAUCACAUUUUUAAUAAUAAAUAUAACUCUCUUAGAGGACUUUGGAACAUUUAUGUUAAGAUUAGUAUCACAUAGCUCCGUAUAAAUAGUAAUCGGUGCUUGCGUUAUUGUCGCACAAAUCUUACGCACUCGAUCUGCUGCCUAAGAUGUACAUAAUUGUAUGUUGCUUUAUUAAUAUACCACACCAAAACAUUUAGAAAUAAUUAAAUCAAGUGACACGUUCAGUUGACAAGGUACUGGACAGUAAUUUGACAUUUAAACCAUAAUAAUGAUUCGUGAUUGUUUAUGUUUAUUGAAGUUUAAAAGCACUAUUUGAUUCUGGCUCAAGGCCACCGCGACUGUAAAAAGGGACGCGUAGCAAAACUACUUGUAAAGGCUUGUCACAUGCCUUUAGGGAACAAGCCACUUUUUUAUUAUGGUUGUAAUGUCGUACUACUUACUCGAAUAGUGUAAGUAAGCGUUCGUUUGGUAUAAUUAAUUAACUGGUGUUUUAUGUUUUUCACGUUUGGUGUAGCAAGUAGCAAUGUUUUAUCUAAGCACGUAGCGGUAACGCGUGUCUGAUGAACUAUCUCGAAAGUUUUGGCCCGAUUUACGGCCUACAAUAUUUUAUAUUAUCUAUUUUUUCUACUUCAGUAUACUGUGUACAGUUAUGACGAUAUCAUUUUUAUCGUGUCAUUUAAAGACCGAAGCUGAGAUGUGCUGCUAUGUGAUGUUAGGGGCUAAAGUCAAAUUGUAUAUUAGCAAAUGUGAAACAAAAUUUGUGUUGGAUCGGAUUUGGGGAUAGCCAGUUGGUGCGAAGUCGAUCGCCGUCCAUGGCCAGGAGAUGUACUUUUGUAACUUUCUAAUUCCUAUUUCCAUACGAAUCUUCGCCAACCUUGCGAAUCAGUCUGUAUGCGAUAUGAAAUUCGAAUGUUCCAAAAAUACUUCUUCUGUGGUGUAAUGUACUAAAUUAUAAGAAGGGAUAAUAAUAUGGAUAAACAUAUUUACUGUCUUUGAUUUUAAUACAAAAGCUGUUGCCCUUGUAAAUACCAUCCAGCGAUUUUUGAGAUUUGAAUGUGAAUAAUAUAUGUAAAAUUGACUCGUUUCUAUGUAAACUUAAUAUUACUUGUUCGUAAUUAUGACAUAAUGUUGAAAACCAUCAAAAUUUCCUGUUGUCAAGGUCUUGCGCAGGCGAUUAGUUUUUGAUCUUCACACAUGAGUGAAUUUUAAUGACAUCAGAUUUUUAGGAAUCUGAAUGCUCAUUCAGUGUUAAAGAGAUCUCAGAUUAAAGAGGCCUCCAAGGAGUAUUGCUCGUAUAUCAAUGUUAGUGUUGCGAGUGUCACACAAUGUCAUAAUAUCAUUGAUACAUUAUUAAAUCCUAUUUUGACUUUAAGCUCUAAAUCAAUCAAUACUAUAAGUCAACUUUACAAAACCGACUGAAGAGUAAACUGUAUAAUAUCUCGAUCUAUGUACUAAAACUUAUUUUCUUUUUUUAAUUAAUACAUAUUUGUACCUUAAACAAAUAUGUAAUGGCAUUAUUAUAAUACUCCAUUUGAAUGGAAGUUUAACCAAAACAAUUUAGUAAAAACAAAUGUGUCACUCGAAAAUACAGUGUUAUUGAAUGUUUAUGUGAUCUCUAUGAAAUUGUAUAAAAAUCUAUGUUGUUUAACACAACACCAAAUACUAUAAUCAAAAUAGUACUGAGUGUACUGAUGCCAAACGUGUGCAGUACUUCCUAUGUAAUGUGGACUUGUUACUUCAAAUUAUCGGGUUUAAAUAAAACUCAGCUUUAGUAUCAUGCUGGCAUAUCAUCAACAGACUGAAUCCGACAAAUGGAUGGUCAAUCGAGGCUGCGGUGUUGCUUCACAUCUACUGAACGCUGCCGAUAUAUUAGGAUCUGUCUUGAGUUUUAAACCCACGUCUAAGUUCACAAUCACAAAGUGCUUUAACCAACAACUGCAUAUUACAUAGGAACCUCUUCGACUACGUCUAAGAAAUUGUUACUCUAGGACACUAAUGAAAGCCAAAUUAUGCAUUAAAUUAUAAUAAAUAAA